AUGAUUUACUGUGAUGGUCAUAAGUUACGCGCCCAUCGAUUUAUGAUUGCAGCACGAACAAAUUAUUGGAAUGAUUUGUCGGAGAUUAAUAUGAUUGAAUUUACAGAUUUAACCUACACUGCUGGAAGCGCUUUGCUUAAAUGGAUGUAUACGGAUGAACUGGAUUUUAAUUUAGAGGAUUCUUAUUUAAUGGAAAUUAUUUCAGCUGCAAAUAAUUACCAUAUCGAGGAACUUCAAAAAAGAUCUGAAUUAAUAUUGGCUGGACGUACUAAUAUUGAAAACUGCAUUACUUUUUAUCAAUUUGCUGAAAAACAAAAUCUUCCAUAUUUGAAAGGAAAUUGUUUAAAACUUAUUGCGUUGAACUGGAAUAAUUUCAGUUCCGAACAUUUUAUUGAAUUGUCUGCUCCUCUUCAAUCCGAAGGCAUUUUGCAUUCAAUAAUUCGUAUGAAUAGAGAAGAUGUACUUUUCUUAUACUUAAUCGAAAACAGUUCGCAGUUGGCAAGCGUAGUAAAUGAAUUCGAUAGAAAUGGAAUUCUUCCUCUGCAAUUGGCUUUGGAUUUGAAACAGUAUAGUAUUGCUGACCAACUAAUUAAUCAUCAGGCCGAUGUUAAUAUUGUUAACAAGGAAGGAAAGCCUCUCAUUAUACUGGCUAUAGAAAAAGAUCAAGUAAAAGCUUGUGAUUUCUUGAUUAGUAAUGGUGCUCUGCUGACUUAUAAAGAUAGGAAUAACGGAGAUAUUCCGCUUCAUAUCAUGGCUCGAAAAUGUUCGAAAGAAAUGUUAGGCUGGUUAUCGACAAAGAUUAAUUUAUUUAAUAUCAACGAAUUUGCAAUUGUUUUCAGAACGCCACUUAUGUGUUCAAUUGUUUCACAGAAUAAAGCUUUUACCGAUUUCAUUAUUGGCUGUGGUGACAUUAAUGUAAAUGUAAUGGAUUCGGCAGGGUGGUCUGCCCUUUCUCUGGCACUUUUUGUUGCAAAAGAUAUGGCUCUAGCUGACGCAAUUUUAAAAGCUGGUGCAGAUAUUAAUGCAAAAUUUAAUAAUGUGGUUAUAGGUGAAAAUUUGGUCCAUUAUUCGGUGCGGUCCGGUAAUUUGGUUGCUUUGCAGUUUUUAUGUAAAAAUUACGCUUAUCUCGAUGUAAAAAAUAAUAAUGGCUUAACUGCUUUACAACUCGUGAUCGAUAUGAAGCCGUUUAAUGGCAAUAUUUUAAGAGUUCUCCUAAAAGCCGGAGCGGACCCAACAGUUAUCCGACCUAAAGAUAAUGCAACAAUAUUGCAUAUGGCUGUAGAAUCCGAUCAUUGUCUGGAAAUUUUUAAUGCAAUAGUGUGCGAAGCAAAUGAAUAUUUGAAAGAUAAUUUCUCGAAAUCGAACAAAGAAGGUAAUACGGCGCUUGCUAUGGCUUUGUUUAUGAACCGUUUGCCUUUGGCCAAAUCACUUGUUAAAGCUGGUGCAGAUGUGAAUGAAAGAGAUCGAAGUGGUAGCACACUCUUGUUGAAAAUUAUGAAAAUGGGAAAUGAUCAAGGGGCGCUUUUCUUGUUAAACAGUGGAGCUAAUAUCAAUUACAGUGAUGAAAAGGGUAAAUCACUUUUGCAAAUAGCAGUUGAAUUCUCAUUGUUUGAAACAGUUCGAGAGUUAUGUAAUAACUGUGUUGAUUUGAAUUCACUUGAUCCAGAAACAGGAUUGCCACCAAUAUGGACAGCAAUUAAAAAUGAUGAUUUCAAUAUUGCUUCAUUAUUAGUAGCUUAUGGAUGUGAUAAAAAUAAUUGCGAUUAUAAAGAUAAUUUUUUCUCACAAAAUCUUUUGCAACGAGCGAUUAAUCAAAAUAUGUCGAAUGCUGCCAUAUUUCUGAUCGAAAGUGGUUGCGACAUAAAUCCGGUGCACCAUGGUGCUAAAGGGAUGGGAUUAUCGACACCUCUACAUUGUUGUAUUCGUUUCGGGCUUGAAGAUGUAGCAUUAUCGCUUAUAAAACACGGUGCUUUAAUAAAUGCCCAAGAUGCCGAAGGUCGUACUGCUAUUCAUUUAGCAAUGCUUGAGGAAAACAAACUGAUUUUGGACACUUUAUUGGCAGUUUGUGAUCCGUCAAUAUUGCUCAUUUGUGAUGAGCAUGGUUUAAGCCCAUUAGCUUUGGCACUUGAAAAAAAUGAUCUUAUUUUGGCAAGAUCGAUUGUAGAAAAAAUGCCGGAGGCCUUAAAUCAGUUUAACGAAAAUGGCGAAAAUUUAUUACAUUUGGCAGUGAAAAAUGUGAAUUUCGAAUCUGUUUUACUUCUUCUUUCGCUUGGCAUUGAUGUCAACGCUCGCACACACUGUGAUUUAAAAUUAAACGCGUUACAUAUUAAUGCUCAAGCUGGAGGGGAGAUGAUUAUGCGUAAUUUGCUUCUUGCUGGUGCAGAUGUGAAUGCUAAAACUUCAAAAGGUUUUACUGCGUUGCAUAUAGCUGCUUAUAAUGAUUACGAGAAUUUAUGCAUAAUUUUGAUAGAAAAUGGCGCUAAAAGUAAUGCGGUUGAUUAUGAUGGAAAUAAUGCUUUACAUAUCGCCGUAUCGCAUGGAAGUGUAUCCUCAGUAAAUGUGCUGCUUGGUGAUCCUAAUUUAGAUCCAAGAGCUGCAAAUCAUAGCUUACAAACACCAUUGAUUAUGGUUGCAACCGAUUUUUCUAUCCCAAAUUCGCUCGAUAUUCUUCAUAUAUUUAUGAAUUUCGAUCCAGAUUAUCCUAUUGAUUCACGCGAUAAAGAUGGCAAUACGCUUUUUCUUCUUGCUUAUAUGAAUGGUAAUGCUGAACUUUGCAAAGCUGCAAUUGGAUAUGGUAUUUGCCUAGCGGUUACUAAUUAUAACGGAGUUUCAAUUUUUAACUUUGAAACACCCACGAAGCAACUUCUUUUCGCACUUCUCGAUAACCUAGAUCGAGAGCCAAAGUGGGCUUAUGGUGAUUGUUGUUCUGAAUGCUUUGCAAAAUUUUCAUUAACGACUCGCAAACAUCAUUGCAGACACUGUGGUCGUCUUAUCUGCUCGCAUUGUUCCGAAUGCACUAUGCCUAUCCUCAAAUACAAUCUUCAAAAAGCAGUUCGCGUUUGUCAAAUUUGUUGUGAUAUAUUGACAGUAGGUUAUGGAGCUCCAUUAUAA